AUGACUGACAUAUCUCGAAGGCCGCUUACUCUCAUCACCCUUCCCGUGGACAUACUUUACACCAUUGUUUUCCACCUUUCCUCAGCAGACAUCCUAACACUCCGCCAAGUAUGCAUGUGCCUCUCCGAAUUCACGAAAGAACACCCUGUAUGGACACAAGCGUACCGUGCGUCACCGGUCAUCCGACCGCCGGGGCCCUCCCCGCUCCAAUCUCGGGAGGAGAUCGAGCGCUCAUUGUUGAAAAGCAUGCGAGUAGACGCCCGUUCGCGAAACACCCUACCAUAUAACGAAACUUACGUCAAAGACAUCAAACUUCCCAAAGAGACCAUCUUCAUAAAACUUCUCUUCAAAGGAACGUGGCUGUUGCUUGCGGACCAUUCCGUUGUGCGGUCUUCUUGUCUGCGCAGUUGCGCGUACAAGGAGCUGCACAUCCGUGGAAGCGAGGUGUACAGUGUCAAGGAUGGGUAUCAGAUUACACAAUUAGCAUCCGUACAGACGACAUCGCGUAUUGGAGAGCCGCUGACAUUUAUGGCGCUCGCGGAGUGCUUGCUGACGGCGCAGGUCAAAUCUACCAUCAACACUUUAAAGGUCUUCAAAGUGACAAUGCAGGAGGACGGCCCAGUCUUUCGUCUUGGCCUCGGCUCCUUGUUGUUACGGUUGGCAAUAAGAGCGAAGACGUAG